UACUCUCACAUUUAAAUAAAUAAAUAACCCUUUCUUCCUUCAUUGCAAAUAUCAGUUUCUCUUUCACAGUCAUACUUGGUCAAAAAUGGCACUGAAACCCAUUGACAACGCUCUUCUACUGCCACCAGAAACUAUCAAAUUGGGUGUAUAUGAAGAAAACAAGACAGCUGAAUCAUUGCCUCCUUCUGCAGAUCCGAUUAUUGAUUACAUCUUGUCUGAGAAUCUUGAACCCAUUUCAGAUCCUGAAUCCAAGAUCCAUGGUUUAGUAGAGGAGUUAGAUUCAAAGGAUUGGACAAAGGUUUGCGAGUCAUUGAAUGAUGUUAGGAGAUUUGCACUCUAUCAUUCGUUGCUCUUGCUGCCAAUCUUGGAAAAAGUAAUUUUAGUAGCGGUGAAAGCUAUGAAGAAUCCAAGAAGUGCUUUGUGCAAGACAUCUAUCAUGGCUUCAUCUGAUAUUUUCAAGGUCUUUGGUGACCAGUUGCUUGACUCUACUAUUAAUGCAUUUGAUAACUUGCUGUUGCAACUACUACUGAAAGCUUCUCAAGACAAAAGGUUUGUGUGUGAAGAAGCAGAUAGAGCACUGAAUGCAAUGGUGAAAUCCAUGACUCCUCUGCCUUUGCUCAAUAAGCUCCGGCCUUAUGUUAGCCAUUCCAACCCCAAAGUCAGGGCCAAAGCUGCCAUAACUAUCUCUAAAUCUGUCUCCAAGAUGGGCCUGGAAGGAAUGAAUGAGUUUGGAUUGGUUUCGCUGGUUCAAAUGGCUGCAAAUUUGUUGAAUGAUAGGCUGCCCGAGGCAAGAGAAGCGGCAAGGAACAUUGUGACUUCUAUAUAUGAAGCAUAUACCAGAAACGAGGAGCAGAAGCAGGAAUCAUGGCAAAACUUUUGCCAAUCCAGUUUGCCACCCAUUCAUGCUCAGUCAAUGGUCAAAAUUACUAGUUCUCCAUAAUAUUCAUUGUUGUCAUAAUUUUUACUGUAUCAGCAGAGAUAAUAGAACUACGGUUAUGGUCUCGUGAAGAAGAUAAUCAGACCUUGAGUUUUUGUGUAAAUUCCAUGUUUACCUGAUUUUAGCUAUAGGUGUUCUGGUGAUGUGGCUGGUGUUUCGAGUUCUUUUUCUAAGUUCUGCAUUUGCUUGUUGAAGAAAUAGAAGAUGUGAUGGUAUAUAGCACUAUUGGAUUUUGUCACUAA